GUAUGUACUAGUGUUAUUUCACACGGUAGCAUCUCUUUCCAUAUUUAGAGAGCAUGUUCUGAUGGUGUUAAUUUUUAUGCUGUGCUUCUUCUAGGCACAAUACACUAGAAAUUUUGUGAAACUCACUCUUCCCAGCCUCAAAAAAUACAUGUAUUUGCGGCUCUGCCCUUCAGAUUUCAGAAAUUCCUGCAAUACGGACUUAAAGUCAAGUUAAAAAUAACACUACAUUUUCACCAGCAAGACUGAAAAUCAGAUGUCACCCCACCCGACCUCAAUUAAGUCAGGCAGAAUCUGCUGAAGCAGCUGGAUGGGAUCAAGCAGGGUGUGAAAAUCUGUGUUCUAGCACUGGGGAGAGAAAAGAUCAGUUGGAAAUUUCAGUGUGAAGCUGGUUCCGUAUGAAGUGGAGAAUUUCAAGUGUGAAUGCGUGUAUGUGUUCAUGCAUGUGCUGGGGAAAGUAGGGUUGGCAAGGGAGACAGAGGAGAGCUUUGUGUUCAGUGCUUCCUCUGACACAGCUCAGCCUGUUCCCUAUCUCCCAGUUUCACUUCUGAAUGUGCAGGAACAUGCGGUGGCUCCUUUUUCCCACCAUCUUCAUCAUCCCUUGUACCCAGCAGUUUUUCCACAGCUCACCAGUGAAGCCUGGAGAGAAACCUUCAGAAACUGGUGAAACCCACCAGCGCAAGGAAGUUUGCCACUGGCCAUGCAGAUGCCCUCCGGUGCCAACCUGCACUCCUGGAAUAAGCUUGGUGAAGGACGGUUGUGGCUGCUGUAAGAUCUGUGCCAAGCAGUCAGGAGAGACCUGCAAUGAAGCAGAUGUCUGUGAUCCCCACAAAGGCCUCUACUGCAACUACUCGGAAGACAAGCCUAGGUAUGAAACAGGCGUGUGUGCAUAUCUGAUAGCUGUGGGAUGUGAGAUCAAUGGAGUUUAUUAUUUUAACGGCCAGACCUUCCAACCUAACCCACUUUAUAAGUGCCUGUGCAUCAGUGGUGCAAUUGGAUGUACACCUGUAUUCAUACCAAGAUUAGCAGCAAGUCCCUGCGGCAGGGUCACGGGCAGAAAGAAGCCCGGACAACCCAUCUGUGGCCCAGGACAGCACAAGCAGCUUCAAGCAACAAACUACAGACUGAUGUCAGCUUACAGAAGCUUACCAUUAGUGUUGAAGAAAAAGUGCCUGGUGCAGGCAACUCCCUGGACACCGUGUUCCAGGACCUGUGGCAUAGGCAUAUCCAGCAGAGUGACCAAUGAAAACAGCAAGUGUGAAAUGAAAAAAGAGAAGAGGUUAUGCUUCAUCCAGCCUUGUCUGACCAAUACAUUGAAGACAAUAAAGAUUCCAAAAGGGAAAACAUGUCAACCAACAUUCCAGCUUCCUACAGCAGAGAAAUUAGUUUUCUCUGGAUGCUCAACUACUCAAAGCUACAAACUAACUUUCUGUGGGGUGUGCUUGGACAAGCGGUGCUGCAUACCUAAUAAGUCCAAAAUGAUCACUGUACAGUUUGAGUGUCCCAGCGAAGGCUUCUUUAGGUGGAAGAUGAUGUGGAUAACAUCAUGUGUAUGUCAGAGGAUUUGCAGUGCUCCAGGAGAUAUAUUUUCUGAACUCAAACUUGUAUGACAAGUUACACCAUUGACUGUAACCCGCUGGGAGUCCAACAGCACAUUCACACCCAGAAGAGUUAGCAUAGUCCCCUGCCACACCAACAUUCAUAGUGAAACUACAUAUGGGAAUACUCAUUCAUUAAAUAUCAUCAUCAAGCACCUAAAUAAAAGUAAGAGCGCAUCUUUUUAAAUGGAAUUGGUUUUGUAAGUGGAAGUAC